AUGGCCAUCACCGCCUCGGCGGUUACCGCGCAGAAGACCCUCUUCCUGUCCAACGUAGCGGAAGGACCGAACUCCGGCUGGGACGACUUUGACGUCGGCGUCGGCGGGGCCGUCGGCCUGUCGGGAGGCACGCCUCAGGUGGCUUUCCACGAGUGCGAGCUCCGGCGCAAUAACGCCACCGACAACGGAGGAGCGGUCUAUUCGGAUUCCGGCGCUAGCAUCACCGUGACUUCCACCUUGCUCGACGGGAACUGGGCGGGGGGAUACGGCGGCGGAGUCUACGCGAACGGGGGUGUCGCACAGGUUGACGUGCUCGACAGCGUCUUCACAGGGAACUUCGCCUCCGACAUGGCGAGCUGGUCAUCGUCUGUGUCGCACGCAGGAGGAGCCCUCUACAUCGUCGGUCAGGCGGCGGUCUCCAUCAAGUCGUCCAGUUUUACCGGCAACGGAGCGGAGGGCGCUGGUGCCGCGUAUUUUUAUGGCAGCAACAGUAUUUCCGUCGAGGGCUCGUCGUUUGUGGGGAAUCUCGGGAACGCCCAAGGCGGGGGAAUCAUGAUCAUCAACGAAGGUCCCUUCGACGUCAACUUCACGGACACGGUUCUUUCGGACAACUGGUCCGGCGGCAAUGGCGGGGGGCUGUGGGCCUUCCUCAACGCGGGCAACCUGAUCCUCCUCCGCACCAACUUCUCCAACAACGCGGUCGCGUACCGGGAGGGCUUCUUCGACGUCCCAGGUUCUCACCGCGGCGGAGGCGUUUGGGUCUCCGGUAACGGGGAGAUGACCGUCCAGGCGGAGGGCUGCCACCUGGAGGGGAACGAGGCCGACGCGCAAGGGGGCGGGAUGGCCGUCGACGGCGGCGUGUUGCGCGCGGCCGACUGCGGGUUCUCGGGCAACGUGGCCGGUCGCGGCGGCGCGAUCGCCGCGGCCAGGGAGGACGACGAUUCGGCGGCGGUGGUCUUCGUGAGCGGCGGUUACAUGCGGGGGAACUCCGCGGAGCUUAUCUCCUGGAACCUCUGGUACGGGUACGGGGGCGGCCUGUUCGCCCAGGACGGCGCGCAGGCGGUCCUGGACGGGGUCGCGUUGGACGGGAACUCCGCUGGGUUCGGGGGGGGGGGGUCCCUGUCGGCGGGGUCGGCGGUGUCCGCCACCGGCGGGACCAGCUUCACGUCCAACGUCGCCGAGAUCGGGGGCGGCGCUGUCAACACCUGGGGGAGCGGCAGCAGCUUCUGGGCGUCGGAAGGGUGCGGCUUCACCGGCAACGUGGCCGGGGGCGCCGCCGCCGCCGCCAGGUCGACCUCCAGCGGUAGCGACAGCAGCGGCGACAGCUACAGCCCGACGGUGGACCCGGGGGGCCCCGCGGGCGGCGCGAUCUACGUCACGAACGGGGGGGCCGUCGCUGAGAAUGGCUCGGACCUGACGGCGGCCGGGUGCGCGUUUGCCGACAACCAGGCGGGUGGCGGCGGCGGAGGCGUGUACGGAACGGGGGAGGAGACGAGGGUCAUCGUGGAAUCAAGCUCGUUCACGGGUAACGCUGCCGAGAAGGUUGGCGGAGGUCUGCGGGCGUUUUUGCUGGGGGUCCUUCGCACGGAGAGCUCUCGUUUCGAUGGCAACCACGCAGGGGAGCAAGGUGGCGGCAUCCACUGCUUCGAGUGCGCCCUGUGGGCGGUAAACAGCACCUUCGAGGGCAACACGGCCACAGGGGACGGCGGGGGAAUGACAGUGUCGUCGACCAGCACCGCCAACAUCAACUUCUGCCACUUCAUCGAUAAUUCAGCCGUGUACGAUGGCGGCGCGAUAUCCGUCGACACCGUCUCUGGCGGCUCCAGCUCGGGGGAGGAGACGAGCGCUUCGAUGCAGGCCCUGAAUGCCACGGUGGACGACGAGAGCUCGGUGGACCUACUCUGCCAGAACACAACCUUCGUCGGCAACGUUGCCGGCGAGAGAGGCGGCUCUCUCUACUCCAACACGGAUUCGAGAAUCGAGAUGCAGGACUGCAACUCUACCUCCAACAGCGCUACCCUCGGCGGGUCAAUCUACAUGUCCAGGAGCGAGCUGGAGCUGAGGAACUGCCUCUUCGUGGGCGAUACGGCGUUUCCCCGUUCUUUGGUCUCGCGGUACGGAAUGCCACGAAAAUGCCACAUGAAAACGCCGAGCCGAGCCGAGCCGAGCCGAGCCGAGCCGAGCCGAGCCGAGCCGAGCCGAGCCGAGCCGAGCCGAGCCGAGCCGAGCCGAGCCGAGCCGAGCCGAGCCGAGCCGAGCCGAGCCGAGCCGAGCCGAGCCGAGCCGAGCCGAGCCGAGCCGAGCCGAGCCGAGCCGAGCCGAGCCGAGCCGAGCCGAGCCGAGCCGAGCCGAGCCGAGCCGAGCCGAGCCGAGCCGAGCCGAGCCGAGCCGAGCCGAGCCGAGCCGAGCCGAGCCGAGCCGAGCCGAGCCGAGCCGAGCCGAGCCGAGCCGAGCCGAGCCGAGCCGAGCCGAGCCGAGCCGAGCCGAGCCGAGCCGAGCCGAGCCGAGCCGAGCCGAGCCGAGCCGAGCCGAGCCGAGCCGAGCCGAGCCGAGCCGAGCCGAGCCGAGCCGAGCCGAGCCGAGCCGAGCCGAGCCGAGCCGAGCCGAGCCGAGCCGAGCCGAGCCGAGCCGAGCCGAGCCGAGCCGAGCCGAGCCGAGCCGAGCCGAGCCGAGCCGAGCCGAGCCGAGCCGAGCCGAGCCGAGCCGAGCCGAGCCGAGCCGAGCCGAGCCGAGCCGAGCCGAGCCGAGCCGAGCCGAGCCGAGCCGAGCCUCAAGGUGCCGACCGGUGCCAUCGUCUACGCCCUCGGCGCCAAGGCCGGCUCCCACACCGAGUUUGAGGCUCAGGACUGCUCCUUCAUUGGCUGGACCGGCACCAACGUGGUAUUGGCGGACCAGACGGGGAUGCUUCACUUGGACGGGUGCGACUUCAGCGAGAGCACGGCCAGCGGCAUGGUCAACGUACAGGACGGAGGGACGCUUGCUGUAGUCAGGAACGCACGUCUAGGCACGAGCAACUACCAGGCUAUCAACUACGGCGCGGACUUGGAAACCCCGUUGGAAGCCGAAAACUCUUCCGUAUCGAUUUUCGGGUCCAACGUCGCCGGCUGCGAGCUAAGCGGCUGCUCCGGCAACGAGGGAUGCAUCGAGGGCGACCUGGGCGUCUACUGCUACUGCUACAUCUCUGUCGUGGACACUACCUCUGUGAGUCGAGUCGAGUCGGAGUCUUUGCAGUAG